UCACUGAACCACACACACAUGCACACGCAAGUUGACUUGUGUUUUUGUUCAGACACACACACACACACACACAGCGGCUGCGGGGCGGGUGAUUGAGGUGCACAGCGCCGCGCACAGGCGCGUUCACAGAUAUAGUUGAGAAACUUCACAGACGCGCUCCUUGGCACGACUCGUGGAAACAUUUACAGAGGAGAUGGAUGAGAAAACACAAUUCGCAUCAUUUCAGUUCGUAAUGAAUGACGUUUAGAUGUAGUCGCGUUUCCUCUAAUGGCUUUGUCGUGCGCGUCCGCGGCCGUUUUUGCGCAGUGAUGUCCGCGCACGGACUGUUGAACAGCGUUUUCUCGUGCUCGCCAUCGGCCUCGAAGACACGCGCCAAGAAGAAAGUGCGUCAGACGCGCAGUCUGGAUUCCGCGCUGAUGGGAAGCUGCGGCGGGUCUGGAGAUCACCAGAGGUCCCGCUGCUCGACAGGUGGCCAAACAUCACCCGAAAGCCCCAAACCGACCCCGCGCGUCUCCACCUCGAGCUUAUCCGCAUCUUCGGACGCGUCGUCCUCCCUCAGUAUCCAUCAUGACUGCAAAAGCGGCAAACGCAACGCGUCGAGGGACGCGUCGCUCAACCUCGCCGGAUCGAGCAGCAUCUUCUCGCCCAGAAAGUGGCUUCAGAGGAAGUUGCCACAUUCGGAGAUCUCUUCCCACAAUAAUAAAAGUGAGGGAGAUUUGACCUGGAAGAGAACAUCUGGACAUAAUUUCCAUUUGCAGUCAGUUUCUAUUCAGAGUUUGUCGGAAUUGGAGAGGGUUCGACUUCAGGAGGUCGCUCUGGUCCGACUGUUAAAAGAUUUUGAUUUGGGAUGCCAGAUCAGCAUCCCAAAAGAUGGUCAGAAGCGUAAGAAAUCACUCCGGAGGAAACUGGAUUCCUUAUCAAAAGAAAAGAAAGACAGAGAGUCGGAGCCUCAGGCGUUCGGCGUGCCGCUCUCACAGGUGAUUUUUAACGACCGGCGUCUGAGACAGCUUCACGAGGGUCAGCGAUGUCCUCCGGGUCGACCGGCGUCUCUCUGGCAUCUGGCCGGCCGGAGGUCCAAUAACAAAGAGCUUUCUAGCAGUAACUCCUCCCUCAGCUCCGCCUCUGAGACGCCCAAUGAGUCUAGCUCACCCGGCACACCCGAGACGGCCCCGCGCUCGCAGAGACGGGGUGGGAUGUCUGUGGACUGUAUCACUGAUCUGGAUGACGGUCAGACGUGUCUCCUGGAGGCUCUUCAGUUGUCCAUGCCGGUGGAUUCAGCCGGCGAGAAGAAGACUGCUGAUAAGAAAAUGAGUUUAAAUCCGCUCUGCAGACAAGUGCCACGAGUUCUGGACAGCUGCUGUCAACAUCUGGAGAGAUACGGUUUGCAGACGGUCGGCAUUUUCCGUGUCGGAAGCUCCAAGAAGAGAGUGAGACAGCUGCGUGAGGAGUUUGAUGAAGGUGUGGAUGUGCAUCUGGAACAGCAGCACAGCGUUCAUGACGUGGCGGCUCUGUUGAAGGUGUUUCUGCGAGAUCUUCCUGAUCCUCUGCUCACCAGAGAGCUUUAUUAUGCUUUCAUCAGCUGCGCAUCUCUGAGCGGGACGGAGCGACACGCUGCCCUGCAGUUACUCAUCUGUCUGCUUCCUGCCUGCAACAGCGACACGCUGCAGUGUUUACUUCACUUCCUGUCUAAGGUGGCCAAUCACGCGGAAGAUUCCCGGGACGGUGACGGACACAAGGUCGUUGGCAAUAAGAUGACAUCACUGAACCUGGCCACAAUAUUUGGUCCGAACCUGCUUCACAAGCAGAAGAUGUGUGAGAAAGAGUUCAGUCUUCAGAGUUCUGCUCGUGUUGAAGACAGCGCCGCCAUCAUCACUGUUGUCCAACACAUGAUCGACUCUCAUGAGACAUUAUUCAUGAUUUCGGCGGAGCUGCAGACUGAAGUUCUUCAGAGUUUGUUGGACACAGACAGUGAUGUGGUGGAUUAUCUGAUGAGGAGAAAAACACCACAGAGUGACGUUUCCAGAUCCUCCAGUGGAGAGAUCUCUCCGUAUGAAAACAACUCUCCUACUCGCUCAGAGUGCAUGUGUCCAUCCAUCCAAAGCCAUCAAAACAUCCCAGUCAGCCUAGACGUCUUCACCGCGAACAAGGCUGAGAAUUCACUGGACCGGAACGGGGAAACGGUCCAUGAAAAAGCCAGAGUCUGGAGAAGCCGACACGCUGCUCUUCUGUCAGGAGUUCAUGACAAACUACUCACAGGCUCUGAUGGAAACCUGUAUCAUCGUGUCUUCUCCGAGUCAGACAGUGUGAACUACAGCAACACAAAGCAGUCGUGUGCAGACAGCAGACCCCUGCACUUCCUUUGCCGCAGUCACGGUUCAAUCACAUCCGGCUGCCGGACGACACCGCACCAAUCAGAGGAGGCCGUAUCGCCUCCUGUCAGCCCCUCAUUUUCAGACAGAGAAGAAAAAAUUCCUGUUGCUUCUGUGACGUUUGCCGAGUCUCUCGAACCUCACCGUGUCACUUCCUGUCAUGACAGACAGGAGGCGGAGUUAGACGUCACCGUGACAACAAAGAGUUUAACAGGAGAUGAACGAGCAGCCUGGCAAACAGACAAAUGGUUAAUAUGGCAGCUGCUUUCUUCAGACAGCGUGGACACAUUACCAGAGACCAUCGUGUAAAUAAAACAGCAUGAAGAAUUCUGAUUUUUUAGAUUUCUGUGCCUGUCAGUUCAGUGUGUGAAAAUGCAUUGGCCACGCCCCACAGGAUGUUGAAGUAGAAUGACAGGAAGUGGAAUUUAUUGACAGUGUUGUCAUCAGUCCAGCCCUGAUCCUUUUACAAGACAAAUGGUUAAAUCUUUAUUUUGACAGAAUUUACUACAGAAUAUAUUUCUUGGUGUUUUUGACCAAGUCUUUUUGUUUUACAGCACAAAUACCUAAACGUUCUUAAAUCAAGAUGCAUUUACUUGAGGAGCAAAACGACUAAACGAUAUGAAGUCUUAUUUAAAACCAAUACGAAUGAAAACAGGUUAUUUUUUGUCCAGUCGGCAGAUCGGUGCUUUUCUUCUUUUAAUUGGCUCAGUUUUUUAUUUUCAGAGAACAUAACUAAAUAUUUUGUCAUUUGCUGCUCAGAUACUGUAAAUGUAUGUUGCUUUAAGAAUGUUUAGAUAUUUCAUUUUGGACAGCAAAACCGAAAUAUUAAGAUAUUUUUUUGCUGUGUUUGCCUAUUUUUCCAUGCAUAGUGUUUUUAUAUGAUAUAUCUUUUAACAGUUGAGUUUUUUUACAGCAGGUGCUGUUUCGUCCAGUUCACUUGUUUUUUUACAGUCCUGCUUCAUUCAGGUCCAUUUGAUUUAUUCUUUAUAUUGAUGAUCAACCAAAUAAACUGCUUAAAAAUAAUUUUUUUUAUAUAACAUAUCCUCAAAAACACUUUAUACUUGUCUUUAUUUUACGCUACUUUAUUAAGUGCCAAAAAUUGUAUCUCUAUGGAUGGAUAUUUUCAUAUUUAUAUAAAUUACAGUGCCAAACGUCCAUGCCGAUCGGUCUAUAAAAUGAAUGCAUUACAUAGAGUAUAUAAAAUACUACAUACAAAUUUCUAUAGGUUGCAUUUAUAAGAUAAAAAUGUAUUAUUGUGAAUUACCCCAAAAAGAAAUUAUUUGAAUUUAUUCAUUUUAUUUCUUUAAUUCUGUUUUAUAAUACCCUGCACAAAAAUCCUAUGACAUAGAAUUUAAGUUCUGUUUUCUAAAGUUGCUUCAAGUUAUUACCAGCGAGUGGUUUAUGAAGCAGAACAAAAGAUUAUAAAAUCCUGACAUGAUUCCUGACAGAAAAAUGCAUUGCAUCAUCACAUUUAUUUAUUUAUUCUUGUUAUUUAUUAAAAUAGCCACUUUAGUAUUUUA